AUGCAAAAAUUUAAACACACCUUGGUUACCUUUAAAUUAUGCCCUUAUAGUAUGAGAGUGCUGGCUCUAAUGUGUUACAAGAACAUUAAAUUUGAGAUAAAAUUCAUAGAAAUGUAUAGCAAACCUGAAUGGUUUUUGAAGAUCAGUCCUUUGGCUAGAGUACCAAUAUUAAUUAUUGGAGAUGACAUUGUUUUAUUUGAAUCCGAUGCUAUUAUGGAAUAUAUUGAUGAAAUGACACCCCCCUAGAUCAUGCCAUCUGAUCCGAUAUAAAAGGCUUUGGACAGAGGAAAAUUUGAAUAUGCAAGUGAGAUAAUGAAAAAUAUGUCAAUUUUCGUUUUUAGUCAAGAGGAGGAGAAAUUCUUUAAACACAAGGAAUUAUUAAAAACAAAUUUUGAAUAAGUAGAAAAGUGGUUGUAAGAUAAGAAAUUUAUGAAUGGGGAGUAAAUCUCACUUGUUGAUUUUUGCUUCAUUCCUAUAUUUGUGAACUUAAGUCUUUUCAAGCCUGUAAUUUAGUAAUGUGAGUUAACAAAGAAUUUUACAAAGUUUAAUAAAUAUGGAGAGAACUUGCUGUAACUUCCAUGUUCUAAAGCAGGAAGAGUGCCAGAUUAUGAGUUACUUGUAGUAGAAGGGGUCAGAAAGGUUAAUAGUUACUUAUACCGAUCAAAUCCUUGCUUUUUUAAAAGUCUGCAAUAGAAUAGCAAUUGUUAGCAAGGAAAAUGA